AUGUCUCUUCCAAUGAUUUUCGCUCUGAUUUUCACCCUGUUUUUGUCAUUUUACUCCUCCGUCUUGGCAUUGACACCUUUAUCGGAGCCACCAAAAGGGGAUCCAAAUUGUCAAAAUGUGUCUUCCAUUCUUGAAGAAAUUCGUACCUACAAAAAUAAAGUCCGGGUAAUAAAUGAAGAAAUUAUGCUGGGCUCAUUUAAAGGAAGUGCCCUCAAUCAUUUGACCGAUUUUGUGGACAAAUUCGGUUCCAGACUUACUGGUUCGGACUCUUUGGAAAAAUCUAUUGACCACGUUUUGAAAAUUAUGCCGGAAAUUGGGUUUGAAAAUGUACAUUCGGAGGAUGUCAUCGCUCCAAAAUGGAUCAGAGGAGAUGAAUCACUGAAAUUAUUGAAACCUUAUCCCAAAACGAUAUCCCUACUUGGACUUUUACCAUCCGUUUCAACUCCGAAGGAAGGAAUGACAGCAGAAAUUAUUGCCGUCAACGGAUUUGACGAGUUAAAAAACUGUUCAAAAUGCAUCAAACAAAAUCAUAGUUUUCAAUCAACCCUUUGA